CGGAACGCAGACGAUGGCACAUUGAGGCUGGACCCCACGCUGGCGAAGGAUAUCGGCGAGCAGUGGCUUUCGAGACAGAAACAGUUCGCACCCAUAUACAAAAUCCGACCGGCCUGCAUCCACUUCAUAGAUGCUGACAAUGCCGUUCGGCGGCUGAAUCUCGUGACCCUGCAGUGCGAGCGUCCUGAACCCCUAGAUCCUAUGAGCGUGCACUCCGUGUUCAUGAACAACUCCCGUGGCUCGACUGACGCCUCGAGCGCUGCUGAUUGGGACAUGGUGGACCAGCAUGGGCAACGCAAGGCCGAGGACAGGAAGGUACUCGAGGCGAAGGAGAAGAGCCUGGAGGAGAAGGUGGUCGGCAAGCCGACUCCAGCAGAUAUCAUGGACCGGCUCCAGCAGAGACGGCAACAGGACGGUAG